AUGUCGGGACCCGAUCCUGCAGAUGGCAAGUACAUCUGUCUCUAUGGCGGAUGUAUGCGCCGCUUCGGUCGCAAGUACAACAUCCAGUCUCACAUCCAAACACACCUCGCCGAUCGACCGUUCCGUUGCACCGUGUGCGCUGCUGGCUUCGUGCGCAGGCAUGAUCUCCUACGACAUGCACGCAUUCAUGGACCCUCCAAGGACUUCGUCUGUGGUUGCAGCAAAGGCUUCUCCCGCAUGGACGCCUUGAACCGUCAUCGUCAACGACAGAUCUGCAAAGGU